ACAAAAACAAUGGCUUCACCAUCACCAUCACUUUACCUCCACCCCACUCUAUCCUUCUUCCUCUUCCUCCUCCUCCUCAUCCUCCAUGUAACACCAUCGCAAACCGCCCACCCGGACCUCGCCCCUUUACUCGCAUUCAAAUCAUCAUCCGACAUUUCUAACAAACUCUCAACUUGGACAACAACAAACCCAUGUCACACAUUCCCUGCUUUCCUCGGAGUCUCAUGUCUUCACAACCGUGUCACCUCACUCGUCCUCGAAAACCUUAACCUUCAGGGCCGGUUCGACUCACUUACCUCACUUGCAAAACUUCGUGUUCUCUCUUUGAAACAUAACCAACUUACCGGUCCCAUUCCUGACCUUUCUAACCUCACAUCUCUUAAACUUGUUUUCUUAUCUCAUAACCAUUUUUACGGAAAUUUUCCUUUAUUGUUACCUUCUUUAUUUCGUCUCGAUUUAUCGUACAACAAUAUUUCAGGACGUAUCCCGGUUACUAUCAACCGUAUGACUAAUUUGUUAACUUUACGUCUAGAGGAAAAUAAGUUUUCAGGUUCUAUUGAUUUUUUGAGUUUGCCGAGUUUAAAAGAUAUCAAUAUUUCUAAAAAUAAUUUAUCUGGGGAAAUCCCGAUAAGUAUCUCAGGUUUUCCCCAAGUAGUGUUUUCAGAUAACCCGUUUUUAUGUGGUAGUCCACUUUUGGAAUGCACGAAACCAAAAAUAGCGUCUUCGCCUACUACACUGCCCUCCAUUGCUGCGGUUCCCAAAACAAAAGGUAACCGCAGCAAAAGGGGCAAAAAAAGGGUUACUACACUAGCCAUUGUGGCGAUUAUAUUUGGAGAUGUUUUUGUAUUAGUAUUGGUAUCAUUUAUCUUGUAUUGUUACUUCGCUAAAGACUCGGAUUCAGAGGACAAGAAUGUGGUGGAAAUGGAGAAGCCGGGGUUAAGAAACUCAAUCGAUAAGGGUAAAAUGGUCUUUUUGGAUGGAGGGAGGAGGUUUGAGCUAGAGGAAUUGUUGAAAGCUUCGGCGGAGAUGUUGGGGAAAGGCGGGUUAGGGACGACAUACAAGGCAAUGUUGGAUGAUGGCAAUAUGGUAGUCGUGAAGCGGUUGAAGGAUGUUGUGAUUACCGGUGGUAAAAGGGAGUUUGAAGAUCGAAUGGAGGUUUUAGGAAGGUUACGACAUCCUAACAUCGUUAGGUUGAAGGCUUAUUAUUUCGCGAAAGAUGAGAAGUUGUUAGUUUAUGAUUACAUGAGUAAUGGCAACUUGUUUGGGCUUCUUCACGGAAAUAGAGGACCAGGAAGAACACCAUUGGACUGGCCAACAAGGCUAAAGAUAGCCGCAGGAGCCUCAAGAGGUCUAGCCUACAUUCACAACUUCUCAACCAAACUCACCCACGGCAACCUCAAAUCCACAAACAUCCUCCUGGACCAAUCCGGCAACGUUUACCUCUCAGAUGUCGGUCUGUCCCCUUUUACUCCUCCAUCAGCCAUCCAACGGUCCACAGGCUACAAUGCACCCGAAUUAUCCCCAUCCAAUAACACCCGUAAUAAAACAACUCAAAAAUCCGAUGUUUACUCUUUUGGAGUCUUAUUGAUGGAGCUUCUUACGGGCAAAUGCCCUGCUUCUAUGAUGAUGGACAAUGGCGGCAUUGUGGACUUGCCACGAUGGGUUCAAUCCGUGGUUAGAGAAGAAUGGACUGCUGAAGUGUUUGAUUUGGAACUCAUGAGUUAUAAAGAUAUAGAAGAAGAGAUGGUCGGGUUGUUACAUAUUGCUAUAUCGUGUACCUCGAGUGCACCUGAGCAACGUCCUGUAAUGAGCCAUGUUGCAAAAAUGAUACACGAGAUUGAGGGAUCAGUUGAUCAGAUGUCACCAGCAAGUCGUGAAAUGCUUAACUCGGUGUCUAACUCGCCUCCAGUCAUCUGAUCGAUCGACUAGUCUUUGUUAUUGAUGAUGACAAAUAUAAUAUAUAGCCAGGAGUUGUUGUUUUUCUUUUUCAUUAUAAUGUGGGAUAAUGUAAGUGUGUAUUUUUGAUUAAAUCAUCAUCUUGUUGAUUUACUACUACUGUAUAUCAUACUUAAUUAAGUUCUCUUAUAUCUUGCAAGGAUUAGUACUA